AUGGAUUGGACGUCCAUGUCGCCUUGGGACCUGGGCUGGGAUGAUACAGUCAUUGCGCCAGAUUUGAACUGGGAGCAAGCUUGGACUAUUGAGUCUUCUUCUCCUCAUUCUUCCUCCUCUUCUUCUUUCUCUCCUCCAGAUGCAACCCUGUCCAACAAAGAUGCUCUGUUGAUGCUGGAUCUCGAUAUGAUGAGCCCCCAUGGUAGCACCACUGUACACACCCACACGCAGAACCAGCAGCACCUGGACAUGCAGAAUUCACCACCCUCUUCCUCACUCGUGGCUCUGUAUCAGCCUUCCCUUACGAGGAACUUCUCCUAUCAUCAUCACUCUGCGACUUCUGAGCAAGAACAACAAGCACCCUUAGAGCUAGCACAGACGCUGGAGCCAUUGUUACAUGUGGCCGUACGAUCACGCAAAAGUACCAUGGUAUCCAUGCUUCUCCAACACGGGGCGGCCGCAGUAGGUGAUCAGAACAGCGACGGCGCCACCGCAUUGCACGUUGCCACUGAGCUGGGAGACGAGGCUAUUGUCUCCUUGUUACUGAGCUAUGGGGCUGACAGCAGCGUACGCGAUGUACGUGGCCAGGAUGCUCUGCACCUUGCUGUUUCGGCUGGACAUACGGCCAUUGUCAAGCUAAUGUUGGACAAUUGUAAGAUGACACACGAAGGGUCGUGUUGA